AGAGUCAUGGUGGAUGUAGGAAAGUGGCCAAUCUUUACUCUGCUCUCAUCUCAGGAAAUUGCAUCUAUUCGGAAGGCCUGUGUCUUUGGCACCUCAGCCAAUGAAGCACUGUACGUUACUGAAGAUGAUGAGGUCUUUGUAUUUGGACUGAACUAUAGUAACUGUCUAGGAACUGGAGAUAACCAGAGUACACUUACGCCCAAAAAACUAGAAGCCUUAUGUGGAAAGAAGAUUAAAAGCCUUAGUUAUGGCAGUGGACCACAUGUUCUCCUCAGCACUGAAGAUGGAGUUGUUUACGCCUGGGGCCACAAUGGAUACAGCCAGCUUGGGAAUGGGACAACCAACCAAGGCAUUGCUCCCAUCCAAGUCUGUACCAAUCUCUUGAUCAAACAAGUGGUUGAAGUAGCUUGUGGCUCCCAUCAUUCAAUGGCCUUGGCAGCUGAUGGAGAGGUAUUUGCUUGGGGCUACAACAACUGUGGCCAGGUGGGAUCAGGAUCUACAGCAAAUCAACCUACUCCUCGAAAAGUUACACAUUGUUUACAUAUUAAGAGGGUGGUAGGCAUUGCCUGUGGUCAGACCUCAUCCAUGGCUGUUCUUGACACUGGUGAGGUGUAUGGCUGGGGUUACAAUGGCAAUGGUCAGCUGGGCUUGGGAAACAAUGUCAAUCAGCUGACCCCUUUGCGAGUGGCAGCUUUGCACAGCGUGUGCGUGAACCAGAUUGUCUGCGGCUAUGCACAUACGCUAGCACUAACAGAUGAGGGCUUGCUCUAUGCCUGGGGAGCUAACACGUAUGGGCAGCUUGGAACUGGCAAUAAAAAUAACCUGCUAAACCCAACACACAUCAUGGUGGAGAAGGAAAGGGUAGUGGAAAUCGCAGCCUGCCACUCCGCCCACACGUCUGCUGCCAAGACCCAGGGCGGGCACGUGUACAUGUGGGGCCAGUGCCGGGGCCAGUCCGUGGUGCUGCCGCACCUCACCCACCUCUCCUGCACCGACGACGUGUUCGCCUGCUUUGCCUCUCCCGCCGUCUCCUGGCGCCUCCUGUCUGUGGAGCAUGAAGAUUUUUUAACAGUUGCAGAGUCCCUGAAGAAAGAAUUUGACAGCCCAGAAACUGCUGACCUAAAGUUCAGAAUUGAUGGGAAAUAUAUCCAUGUCCAUAAAGCUGUUUUGAAAAUCAGGUGUGAACACUUUCGAUCCAUGUUUCAGUCUUAUUGGAAUGAGGACAUGAAAGAAGUGAUAGAAAUAGACCAGUUCUCUUACCCAGUGUAUCGUGCCUUUCUUCAGUUCCUCUACACGGACACGGUGGACCUGCCGCCUGAAGAUGCUAUAGGUCUUUUGGAUUUGGCGACAUCUUACUGUGAAAACAGACUGAAAAAACUUUGUCAGCAUAUUAUCAAGCAAGGAAUCACUGUGGAGAAUGCCUUCUCAUUAUUCUCUGCUGCAGUCAGAUACGAUGCAGAGGAUUUAGAAGAAUUCUGCUUUAAGUUUUGCAUCAAUCAUUUGACAGAAGUUACACAGACUGCAGCAUUUUGGCAAAUGGAUGGCCCUCUGCUAAAGGAAUUCAUUGCUAAAGCCAGUAAAUGUGGAGCCUUUAAGAACUGAAGCCAAGGCUGCGGGUCAGUGUGAGUGCCCUGGGCACUGGGAUGGUGUGUUUUGUGCGCUCCUGGUGAUGUGCUGCAGGUAAACCCAUCAGGCUGUCUCUUCAUAUCUGAGACCCCUUCUCCGGCUAGGAAUACAUGAAGGAUAUACAGCUUUUCCUGAACUUUAAACAACUCUUGUUUCCAGACAGGUAUAUUUUAAAUGUGACUGUCGGUUUGUCUGGAACACUGGAAAGGGUGAAAGUUUAGCUGGUUGUUUAGAGGAAUUUAUGAACUUGGAAAGGGGAAGUUUGUGGCACCUCUCCUGGCUAAGGUAUCAACAAUCUGUUUGACACUAGGGGUGGGGGUAGUUUGUGAAUUGUGAGUGAGACAUACAGGCCCCGCUAUGAAUUAAAGAUGCUGACUUUGGGGCUUAUUGAAUUGCUGUGUUGUUAGUUUAACUGCCUUACUGUGAAGGAUUAGCGGAGAUAUUUUCAGGCUUUUAGUUUUGUGUUUGCACUAUUGAUGGACUUUCUUAACUUCAUGGUGUAUGAAAAUAAUACUGAAUUUAAUAUGAGUUAAAUAUUGAAAUGAUAAUUAUGUAAAAAUAAACUUAUAGAUUAGUCAAGCUUUCUCUUAAGACUUAAGCACAUAAAGAUUAGUAAUUUAGAACUGUCUGUGAAAAGUUGAUAAUGAAAGAAACUUGGACAAAGGUGAAUCUUUUAUAAAUUGGGAUCUCCACUACUAUUUAACGAUGUUUUAUUUUAUUAAGAAAAUAUUUGAGAACUUGAGUUUAAAUUGCCCCCUCCUCCAUAUACACUUUUUCCUCUACAAAAAUGAUAUACUCAGUAUACUCUUGCCUUCCUAAAUUGUGGCUUGCUAAGUCAUCAGUUCUGCUACCUAUGACUCAAAGAAAAGGUUCUUAAAAGCACCUCACAGGGUUUAAUGGAAUUGGUUUUUCUCUCUCACCUAAGCCAAAUCCAUCACCAAUUUGUUUAUUUGAAACUUCGCCAGCUUUUACCUUUGGUUUUCCUCUCCGUUUAAUUGUGUCAGGUCUAAUAUUUAGCACAAUUGGACCUUAAAAAAGGAUCAAACUUAUGGGAUUUUUUGUUUUGUUUUUGGGGGUCUGGUUAUGAAGUGUGAUUUGGGGGUCUGGUUAUGAAGAGUUUUGUCAUAUUAGUUGAAUUUGCUUUAAAAACAACCCUCUGCUCUGCCCUCCAAUCCACAGAUUCAUUUUUAUUUGUGAGAGUUCUCUUAGGAAAUUGUUUCCUGCCUAGAAGGUCCUCCCUUCUGAACUUGGAGCCUAAAUACAUUUUCAGAUCCAAAUUAGCAAGAGGGUGAAGAGAUGUGCGGCUGUUAUUUUUAGCCGUGUUUAUAAGUGCUUGUAUAGCAGGGAGGACCCGACACUAGACAUUCAUUGGCAGGUAAAUAUAUACAAAUCUAGAAGUCCCAGCCUCCUUUUCUUGACCAUGUUGCUAGUGAUUGAAGUCCAGUGAUUAGGUUAGAAUUAGUUUUGUAUCAUGAUAGAACUUUUCUUAUAUUAAUUAGGAUGGAUAGUGUUUGUAACAAUCACUCUUCUCUAGGCUUAUUUUGAUCUGGACAAAACAUGAACUUCAGUAUGUUUACUAUUGCUCUUACUUGAAAAAAGGACUAUGAAAAGCACAAAUUAAAGUAGGUCCAUUUCCAUACACGGUUCAUAAAUUGAACAAAUAUUUGUGAAGAACCACUUCUCAUAUUAUUAAUUUGUGUGAGUUUGUAUGUAGUGAAGAGAACAGGAAUAAGUUCCUCAAAAUUGUUUGAGUAUCUUUUUAAAAAAAUAUACUUAUUUUUCUACUUGGUUUUGUUGUUAAUCAUAGAGAUAAAAACUAUUCUUUGAAUUGCUUUUUUCAUCUGAUGUAAUAAUGAAAGCCAAAGUAUUCAUAUUUCCUAAAAUAGCCCUAAAUGUUCUGUUGAUCUUUUUACUGGAACAGUGUUUGAUAUUCUAAUGUGUAGGUUGUAUUUAUGUAAUGUGUAGAAUGACAUAUUAAUAAAGUUGUCUGUUAA